CCCCCUUCUUCUUCCCUUUCGCCGAAAGAUGGCGGCCGCCGUCGUGGGGCCUGGCCCGGCCGCCGAGGAGCUGAGCCUGCUGGAGAAGUCCCUGGGCUUGAAGAAGGGGAACAAGUACAGCGGGCAAGGAGAGCGGAAGACUCCUGUACUACAGAUGAACAAUGGCCCCAGUCUGACAGGACUGACAACUAUAGCCAUCCAUCUAGUCAAACAAGCAAAGAAGGAACAGCUGCUUGGGAGCACCACAGAAGAGAAAGCAAUAGUUCAGCAGUGGUUAGAAUACAGAGUAACGCAAGUAGAUAAACAGUCCAGUAAAGAAGAUAUUCGACUAAUUUUGAAGGACCUGAAUUCAUACCUUGAAGACAAAGUCUAUAUUACAGGACACAAUUUUACUUUAGCAGAUAUUUUACUGUACUAUGGACUGCACCACAUCAUAGCCGACCUUACAGUGCAAGAGAAGGAGAAAUACCUUAACGUCUCUCGUUGGUUUAAUCAUAUUCAGCAUUAUCCAGGUAUCCGGCAACAUCUGUCUAGCAUAGUCUUCAUCAAGAACAGACUCUAUAAUACACAUUAAGUGCUGUGUUAGGAUUUCCUAGGAAGUGAAAAACGUCCUUUAGAAUGACUAAUGUGCAAGCCUUGGUUUCUGCCAUUUCCAUAUGUGAAGCUGAACAGUUGGUGCCUAAAGUAAUAAAGUUGCAUUGAGUAGCUGUCUAGAAAUACGGACUUCAUUAACACAGUUUUGGCAAAUUUCAACAAGUGAAAUGUGAAUCAAGCUCCUUAAAGUAGAACAUUUAUUUUAACCAUACAGAUACAUAGGAACUUAGCUUUUAUCGUAUGGAAAAGUAUAGAACUUUUACUGCAAUAUGUCAGCUGUGCUAUUGGUCUGAAUUGUAUCAUGCAUAGUACUCCCUUGUAUUUUUCUCCUAUGAAUGUUUACACUUGUUUUGUAAAAAGUUAACUAUGAAAAAAUAUAUUGUGCCAAUAAUUUUGAAGCAGAAGCCAAAUGUAUUGGUAGCAAAUCAUAUUUAUGUGAUAAAUUAUUUUAAAAGCC